UCGUGCGUGUGCAUUCGGUGUAUUUAUAAAUCCGAUCCGGAUUUAGUCGAAUUAUUAUUGACGAUGGCGUCUUCAAGUGAACACAAGUUCAGAGUGGAGAAAAACGAAAUAGUAGGAAGGUACGCGGUGGCACAUGUGGUGCUAAAUCCUGGCGAUGUUAUCUUCGAAGAAACUCCUUUCGCUCACGGCCCAAAGCCCGAUCACCCUCCUAUGUGCUUGGGAUGUUACUUCCCUGUGGAUUGUAGCUACUUAUGCUCGAAGUGUAAAUGGCCUUUGUGUGGUGCGGAAUGCGAGCAAGUUGCAGCUCACAGGGAUGCAGAGUGUAGGGUGAUGGAAGCGGCCGGCGUUGGUUUCCAACCUGUGAAUGAUUGCAGUCAGAUUUGCCUGCAAUUCGAAUGCAUCACACCUCUGAGAGUUUUAUUGGCUAAAGAAGCGGAUGCUGAGCGGUGGGAACGCGAAGUCUCUCUGAUGGAGUCGCACGACGAAAAGAGGAGAGGUUUGCCAGUUUGGGGCUUCAACCAGCGGAAUGUCGUGGAUUACCUGAGAGGACCGUGUAAAUUGGAUCGGUUUUCGGAAGAGCUCAUCCAUAAAGUUUGCGGAAUACUUGAGGUGAACGCGUUCGAGGCUCAUCCCACGAAUGGCGGUUAUUCUAUACGUUGUCUUUACCCGAAAUUGGCGAUACUUUCGCACAACUGUGUAUCCAAUAUAAGUCACUCGAUUCGGGGCGGCGAUUUUGGUGUUGUCACGAGGGCUUCUGUGAAGGUUGCAGAAGGUGGAGAAUUGUUCUCGAGCUACACUUACGCUUUGAAUCCGACUUUAGUGCGCAAGAAGCAUCUGAGAGAGAGCAAAUACUUUGAUUGUGCUUGUUCCAGGUGCAAAGAUCCUACUGAGUUGGGUACGCACAUGGGUACAUUGAAAUGUUCCAAGUGCGACAACGGAGUUAUCAUUUCAGAGAGUCCGCUUGAUUUUGAUGCGAGAUGGAAAUGCACUCAUUGCGAAUUCAGCACAAGCGCUGCAGCUGUGAUGCGCGUGUACGAAGCAAUACAAGCAGAUCUGGACAACGUCGAUGAAGGCGUGGAGGAUGCGAGCCAAGCGAUUGAAGCGAGAGAAACACUGUACAAGAAGUAUAGGAGCGUUUUGCAUCCGCGCAACACUUUCCACACUAUCCUAAGACUCUCUCUGGCUCAGAUGUACGGAAAAGUAGAAGGUUAUCAGCUGGAAGAGCUUCCGGAUCUGCUUCUGGAGAGAAAGGUGGAGCUCUGCAAGGAGCUACUACAGAAUUUAGACGUGAUCGAGCCCGGCUUCACCAGGCUAAGAGGGACAAUUCUCUACGAACUGCACGCACCUCUCAUUCUUCUAGCCAGGAACUUAUACAGAACGCAUAGCAUCUCGAAGGAGGUACUUAGGUGCAAGCUUCUCGAGGCAAUCGAGCUGUUGAAUGUUUCGUCGCGGAUUUUGUUGUUGGAGCCGGAGACUUCUGUAGAAUAUUCUCUGGGGAAGGGAGCAGCAAUGGCUAAGCAGCAGUUGGAGCAAAAUUUGGAUGAAUUAGUCGACGCAGAAUUGUAAACGGGAUAAACGAAAAACUUUAUUCAAAAAAUUAACAAUCUUUGGCAUUCUGUUAUUGCACACGUGGCAAGUGAAAUUAACAAUCAAU